UCAGCUGGCCGACCACAAAAUACACAUCAACUGAAUUCGUUUCCGCGUAACCAGCUCAAAGUUCGUUCGCCUCACAUUUUCUUAGUUUCGAAUUAGAUCGAAUCAGAUCAACCACUUUUUGCCGGCAUCUCAUCUGAUUAAAAACUCGUUCCUUUCUAGCCAUAGUUUUUUGCUAACUUUUCUUUCAAAAUCCAACAAAAAUUCUCUCGUCAAUUGGCCCUUGUUUCAACACACGACAGUUGACAAAAGAGCGCACUUGGAUAUUCCCAACUACCAAAGCCUCUUCAACUCUCCCUCCAUUUCUUCUCUGUUUCUCCCAACCAUCCUCUGCUUUGCUAGCUCAGCUCCGCUGCCUGCCUGCGUCGACGCCAAGAACCCACCAGCUCCAGCUACACGCACUGCCAUGGACCGCUCCAAGUCGUACGCGGGCGGGCGCAUGCAGAUCGAGCCGUACUACGGCGGCGCGCGGCCGGACUUCCGGUCCUACUCCUACAGCGCCGGCGGGACGUCGUCGUACUCGUACCAGUACGAGUACGGCGGCAGCGCGGCGGCUACGACGGAGGGGGAGGGGGCGGCGAAGCGGAGCAAAUCGAAGCGGCGGUGGCUGGCGCUGGGGGACCCGGACAUGGAGCGGAAGCGGCGGGUGGCGGCGUACAAGGCGUACGCCGUGGAGGGCAAGGUGAAGGGCUCCUUCCGCAAGAGCUUCAAGUGGAUCAAGGACCGCUACCUCCACCUCGUCUACGGCUGGUCCUGAUCCAGCUUGCGAUCACCUGCCUGCGCCAACAACAUCCUCUCAUCUCUUUUUGCCUGCCCUCGCUCCUCUGUUCACGCUCGAUCAUGGUGGGUAGAAAUAUUAGUAGAAAUAUUAGGAGACCAUCGAUAAGCUUCUUCGAUUUCUCUCUUUGCAUUUUGAUGCUGUUCUUGGUGAUGACGAUCCGUCAAGUGUUUGUUGUAACGAAAGGGAAUUCUUCUUGAAUGAAUCGAUCAACGGAUGAUGGGUGUGGUUGCUUCGACCAUUUCAUCCUCUCGUUUUUUUCA